UUCUCAAAAACUUACUAAUGAUAGAAACUUUGGUUCCAACCUCCAACUUCGGAGGCAACAUUAUUAGACGCAAAAAUUCCACAACCCCAUCCAUUCAAUGCAAUGCAUAUGCAAUGCUACCAUUCAGAAAAUCAAAACUAUGUCAUCAAUUGCAUCACUUUUUCAGAUUCACAAUCACACUCAAUUCUCCAUAUUCAUUGAAUCAUCAAAUCAAAUCCCUAUCCACUGAUUCUAAUGACCCAAACCCAACAACAACGUCUCUUCCCAAUCCCAUCGAUGCAGGUUCUUCUAACAGAAAACCGAUCAGUUUAUGGCCAGGGAUGCAUCAUUCCCCAGCUACACAUGCUCUCUGGGAAGCAAGAUCCACCAUUUUUGAGAAUCGUGUUAAUCAAAAUAAUCCCUCUUCUUCACCUGUUCCUAAAUCUCCCUCUCAAAGCAGGACUAGUAUCUUGUAUAAUUUCUCUUCUGAUCUUAUACUUCGUGAGCAAUAUAGAAACCCUUGGAAUCAUAUUAGGAUGGGAAAGCUUGUUGAGGAUUUUGAUGCUCUUGCUGGAACCAUUGCUUUAAAGCACUGCUGUAAUGAAGAUGGUAGUACAAGGCCCCUUCUAUUGGUUACUGCUGCUGUCGACAAGAUGGUUCUUAAGAAACCAAUUCACAUUGAUGCUGACUUUGCUAUUGUUGGGGCUGUUACCUGGGUUGGUCGCUCAUCCAUGGAGAUUUUACUGGAAAUGAUCCAGUCUCCACAUGGGGAUCCAAAUACCUCAAACUCACCUGCACUUGUAGCUAACUUCACAUUUGUGGCUCGUGACUCCAACACUGGAAAGGCAGUCCCAAUCAACCAGAUAUUACCCGAAACCGAGAAAGAAAGAUUGCUCUGGGAAGAAGCAGAACAGGGAAACAAAUUAAGGAAAAAAAAGAAGGAAGAACAAAAACAUGGAGAGAGUCGAGACAAUGCCAGGCUCAAUGCACUUUUAGCAGAAGGUCGUAUCUUCUCUGAUAUGCCGGCAUUGGCAGACAGAGACAGCAUCCUGAUUAAGGAUACUUGCCUACAAAACUCCUUUAUCUGCCAGCCACAGCAAAGAAACAUCCACGGUCGUAUUUUUGGGGGAUUUUUAAUGAGAAGAGCUUUUGAACUUGCCUUUUCAACAGCUUAUUCCUUUGCUGGUGCAGCACCUCAUUUCUUGGAAGUUGAUCAUGUUGAUUUUUUUAGACCUGUGGAUGUUGGAAAUUUUCUUCGCCUCAAGUCUUGUGUUUUGUACACAGAACUUGACAAUCCAGAAAGACCUCUGGUGAAUGUGGAAGUAAUUGCGCACGUGACAAAGCCUGAACUUCGGUCUAGCGAGGUAUCUAACAGAUUCUACUUCACAUUUGGUGUUGAUCCUGAGGCCACUAAAAAUGGAUUGAGGAUCCGAAAUGUUGUUCCUGGUACAGAAGUGGAAGCACAAAAGGUGCUUGAACGCAUCGAUGCUGACAACUCUUAAUUUUCUUCAAUCAGGAUAGUGUUAUACACACGCCUAGAAAUUAGAAGAAACAAAAACAAAUUUUCACUCAAAAAAAAAAAAAGAGAGAGAAAAAACAAAGCUCUGAUAGAGCAUCUUGUAUAACUUUUUUAAUUCUAAAUAGUUUGAGGGUUGAACUAAUUGAGUAAAUAUCAAUAGCAUGCUUAAUAAUCUUUCUGGAAUUUGAAGGAAUUUUUCCA